AUGUCAACAGCAAGACUGCUAACGAAAUCACCAAAGGACAUUGUGAUCCUCUCAGCCCUCAGAACACCAGUGACAAAGGCUAAAAAGGGUGGCCUAUCCAAGUUGUAUCCAGAAGAACUGCUCUAUAAUGUCUUGAAAGGCUCAAUUGAUCGUUCCAAAGUGGAUCCGUCCUUGGUUGAUGAUAUCUUGGUUGGUGCUGUGUUGCAAACACUCGGUGGUCAGAAAGCAAGUGCUUUGGCUGCUAAAGCCGCUGGCUUCCCAGUAAAGACCACUAUAAACACGGUGAAUAGACAGUGUGCAUCUUCUGCUCAAGCUUUUAGUUAUUUGGCUGCCUCGAUCCGCUCUGGUGAUAUCGAUUUUGGUAUUGCUGCUGGUGUGGAAUCAAUGACACAUGAUUAUUUCCCACAUAGAGGAAUCCCAACUAGAAUUUAUGAGCCAUUCAAGAAACAAGCAUCUUCUGAAGCUCAAAAUGUCUUGAUGCCAAUGGGUAUAACUUCUGAAAAUGUCGCAUCCAAAUACAACAUCUCAAGGAAAGAUCAAGAUGAAUUCGCAUUGAAGUCUCAACAGAAAGCAUUUAAAGCUACUGAGUCUGGUCAUUUCCUAAAAGAAAUCAUUCCAGUAGAAGCUAGGGUCUCUGAAGAAGGCGAACCUGAAGAAUAUAAAACCAUUUCAAAAGACGAUGGUGUAAGAGGGAAUGUGACUCUUGAUAAAUUAUCAACAUUGAAACCUGCAUUCUCUGAAACAGGAACUACAACAGCAGGUAAUGCUUCACAGAUCAGUGAUGGUGCAAGUGCUGUGAUCUUAACUACUAGAGAGAAUGCUGAAAAGAACGGCUUGAAACCUAUUGCCAAAUUCAUUGGGAGCUCUGUUGCUGGGGUUGAAUCUCAUUUAAUGGGGAUGGGUCCUGCUGCAGCUAUCCCAAAAUUAUUGAAUAGAUUUGAUUUGACAAAAGACGAUAUUGACAUUUUCGAGCUGAAUGAAGCAUUUGCAUCACAAUCAUUAUACUGCAUUAGAGAACUGGGGCUUGAUGAAGCUAAAGUAAAUCCUUAUGGUGGUGCUAUUGCUCUUGGACAUCCAUUAGGUGCUACUGGUGGAAGAGUCAUCAGCACAUUGAUCAAUGGGUUGAAAACUCAAGGAUCAACACCUGAUCCAGUAAGAAGACUACGGCAACAUAAUGGUGAACUGAAAGCAGGAGCGUACAAAACAAAGAGAAAGGGGUUCAGGCCCUGGGAAAUGAUUAUGAUAGUUCAUGGUUUCCCAAACAAAAUUGCAGCUUUACAAUUCGAGCAUGCAUGGCAACACUCUUAUCAAACACGUCAUAUUGAAAAAGUGCAAAGAAUCACAACUUCCAAGACUGCUGGUCGGUCUAUACAUCACAAAUUAGGAAAUGUUAGAUUGUUAUUAAACUCACCAUUUUUCAACAAAAUGAACUUGAAAGUUCAAAUAUUCAACUCUGAAACUUAUAAAGUUUGGUGUACGAAUAAAUUUGGUAUAAAUCUGCUAAACCAACUCAUUCGUAUAGACUAUACAAAUACUCUAGAGACAAAUGAAAUUAUCAAUAUGCAAAACGUGAUGGAUUUCAAAAAGAAAUGUAUCGAACAUGAUACAAAGAUCUUGUCAAGAUUUCAAGAAGUUCUUCGAUACGGUGAACAUAUAUGUCAUUUCUGUAAGGAUGUUAUUGAUUAUACAAAGACAAACUCAGAAUACCCACUGGUUUCAUUAUGUUACCAUGAUUCAUGUGACCACAUUUCACACCUUUCAUGUCUCUCCACUCAUUUCAGAACCAAUGAAAAAGAAGUACAAAAUGUUGAUGCUGAUAGAGCUGCUAUGAAGAAACUUUCCCAAAGAACAAAAAUCACACAAAUUACACAAAUACCUGAAGGUUCAAUCAUACCUAAAAAGGGUUCAUGUCCAUCGUGUGAAAAAGUUUUAAUUUGGACAACCUUGGUUAGAUACUCCACCAUGGCAAGGUUAAAUAUCGGAUAUGACGGUAAAGAACCAACUGUCGAAGAAGAGGAGGAUGAUUUCAAUGAGAUUGAAGCUACACAGGAUGUUGUAUAG